UCGGUUUGGGGAUUCUUGUUGGCUUUUAUUAGCCCUGGGUGAGCCUGAACACAUUAAGAUGUUUUUAAAAUUCUUCCAGUUAGCGUGGAAACCUUGAGUCUGUGGGAGGAAGGUGGUGUCCCAUGCCCCAGCACAGACAUUCCUGUCCUGGAGGAUGAUACUCUGACUCACGCAGAGGAAAAGAAGAGUUCUGUUGUGAAACACAACAGGAAGACGUCCAGUGCUGCUGUGUGCCAGGAGGACACCUGCAGAGCUGCUGCAGGGGUGGAAGUGAGCCACAGGCUGUAUGGAUAGUGCUGAGAAAACUGCACGGCUGCACAAAGCUGACGCCAAACUAGGGUGCUAUUUGUGGUUUCCGUUCUGCUUUUCUGACACCUGUAGGUAAGCGUGAAGUGCACAACAGAAUUCUGCAGCACCUUACAGAGUGAAGGAACCGUCGCAGGGUACGGGAUCACAGUGAAGCAUUCUUGCUUAGCAAUCAGGAUUAAUUAUAACCUGGGAAUAUGAACUGUAAACGCACUGCAGUUGCCACGACAGGAGCUGGCUGUGUGCCAGCGCUUGCAUGAGGACAUACCAUCCCGUCAGGACUCCCUGGGAGCAGCAGGUAACACCCAGGUAUACUCAUCAGAUGCUUUCUAUGAUCUUUACCAGGGAAUCUGCACAAGCAAUUCCUUCCUAAACUCACCUUAGGAACUGCAUCUUGGUCUUCGUGUUGCUUUAACUCCCAGAGAAAUAAUUACGCUUAGCAAGACCUUAUUACCUGCUGAAAAAUAGAAUGACUGAGUUCCUGGUUUGUUUUAAUUGGUGCAAUGGUGAACAGCCCCAGCCGAAGAGGCGUCGGAGACUGGACCGGAAUAUGAUAGGAGAACCAAUGAACUUUGUACACACUGCGCAUGUUGGGGCAAGAGAGAUGAGUAGUGACUAUUCAUCAGCUGUAUCAAUUCAGGACCACAUGAAGUCUAAAGGUGGCUACACAAAUGGCACUUCUGCAACUGUUGAGAUAUAGGAAACUGAGAGGAUGCUGAAAUCUGCUCUGUCUUAUGAGGACCCCCUGGACUGUGCUUUCAUAUUCUCUAAAACCUCUUUAUCAUGGAGUGGGGAGAGUUCUUGAAUUAUAAAGAGGUCAGUGCAAGCUUUGGUGUUCUUUGUUCAAUAGCUUCUGAAGGAGUUAUUGUAAAUUAUCCUUAAAAUGCUCUGUCAUGGUAGUGUUGUAGUAGCAACUGUAAUUUGUCACCGUAGAUGGCUUCCUAGCUGUGUUCCAAAAACCUCACAAAGUUGUCUUGUAGGAUGGGAUUGGAAGUCAGUAUGAAUUGUAUGGGGUUUUGGUCUCUGUCUUUUUCUCCCCUCAAGACAUGCAGAGGUUGACUUAAUUGGAAGAUAUCAUAGGUUUGCACUUUUUACGUGGGCUAACCUGAAUUGCUAAGUAGGAUCUUGUAACCUCUAAUAUAGCUUCGGACCUGGUUUUUAGAUGGCUUGCAGCCUAAUGCAUAAAUCUGCUGAGCUGUACUUUGGUUAUUUUUUUUUAAUGUCUUUUGAUGGUGUAACAUAAUAUAUUUACCUGAGUCUGCAAAACCCAGUGAAACUUCUGCCUUGCUGUGAUAAUGCUUUUGCAGCUAAAAAUUGAGGUUUUGCAAACAUACACACUCUUGAAUGAGGCUUAGAAAAACAGACAUUUCUCCCAAUUACUGGGCUGCCUCCCUUCCAUACGUGCACUAGUGUGACUGACAGGUAUUACUACAACAGAGCUAAUAAUAUGUACCAGUUAACUUCAAGUGGUGCUACAAUAUGCUCACAACUGUGUUGAUUUUGCAUGACUACUAUUGAAUUUUAAACUAAACAUAUCUAAGAUCACCCUCUCUCUUACCUAUCUGUAACAGUAACUACAUGGGACUUCAAGGGAUAUCUUGCUUGUCUUUGUGGCUCCUUAAUUUCAAGACUUUUUUUAGAUGAAAUGUAUUUAUUCUUGCAUAUGUUUUAAAUAAAAUGUAUGGUUUAAGUGAUACAGCCAUGUGAAGGACAAAAAUUUAAACAAUAUUGUGAAAACUUGCAGGAGAAUAUUAAAUAGAAACAGUGUCUUGCAGAGUUCCAGCACUUCAUAAAUAUUUAAAUAAUAGCUAUAAAUAUUUAGUUCUACCCAAACUAUGGUUUAUUACUUAGUUCAUAUUCAUCCUUCUAUUAAGUGAUAGACAAAACUGCUGAAGUAGAGCUAGGGUUUUCUUUUACCCAAUCACUGACAACUGUUCCCCAGCUCUAAAAGCUGAAUGACUACCAGUGCAGAAACUUAGGAAAUCUGCUUGCUGUCAUGGGGUUAACUAAAUACAAGUGUUUAAAUUGCUGCCAUAUCAGCACCAGUUCUGCUGGAAUUCAGUGGAACUCUCUCCUUGCUCUAGGCAUAAGAUCCAUUACGAACUUUUUUCCAUUUAAAAAAAAACAUCUAGCUGGAAAAUCUUUUAACUUGUGUGAUUCUGUUUGUGGCUUGUGAUACUUCCAAAAUCUAGACUGCUGGCUUUGCUGAAUUGUUAGGCUGCCUUUUGUGAGUAUACUAGAGAACUUAAAACACGAAAGGUAGCUCUAUGUUUCUGUAUGCAUUCAACACACCACCAACCCCAUUUCAUCUUUGAGGGCCAGAGAGGAAGAGAGAAUGUUACUUUCUGUAACAGUCAACAGCUGAUCAUAAUGUUCUGCAACCCUAAGAGAAAUCUAAUAUCCAUGUCUUGCUAGAUCCUUACUCUUGAAUUACAAUGCAUGCCAAAUUUUAAUAUAUUUUAAAAUUAGCAUGAGCUAGAUGUACAUUUAGCUUUUUUAAGUCUUUCAUAUUUCUGUCUUCUAACUUCAGAUUUAUUCCAACAGCCUAGUUAAGAUAGAGAUUUUAAAGAAGCUAAAUCCUGUAUACUGUUGAUGAAGCAUAAAGUGGCCAAGUUGUUUUAAAGAACAGAUCCUCAUUCAUCUGCUAUUAAAUUGAGUUCAUGCAUUCAUUGGUCCAUACCUGCCCAGAAAAAAUAGUGGUAGGGCAGCUGUCAUGUAGAAAAUGGGUUGUAUUUUGUUAACACUGUAAGAAAACAAAUAGAACAGGAGCUGGUAUUUCCUGAAGACCCAUUCAGUAUGUUUAAGAUUGGUGGUGUAUGCAUAACUAGAAAUAAAGGAGUUGGUGAUCACAUCAGUUCUUCUCUCUAAAAAUAAAUCAACAGACAAUUUUGUUAUUAAACCUUUAUUUAUAGAAAAAUCCUAGUUUUCAUUAUGUAAACGAAGUAGCACUAUCUGGUGUAAAACUAACCUAUUUUCAUCAGAACAUAGAGUAUUAUAUAUGACCAUAUUAAAGUCUCACAUAAUUAAAAGGAAAUAUUUUGCUAUUGCCUUAAGGGUGAUAUUACUUUUAAAAUCUAAAUAAACAUAAAAGCAUGUCUUGAGUUUUUGUUGUUGUUGUAUAUUUAGAAAUCUAGCUGUAAUCUGUCAUGUAACUCAGUAUAAACCUAUAUUGGUUAUAAUAAAUAUGUUGAACUAGGCACUUGCAAUCUUUUCAUAUUGUGGAAAAUCUUGAUAGUUUCUCUGCACUGAAAACCUGUUGGUUAAGUGGAUGGAUCAGCAUGUCUUGAAACUUUAUUGCACAAAAUCAAGUUUCUCCACCAGAGAGAACAAUUUUAUAUCGGGUCUUUUCUGUCUGUUCUAUGCAAGCUAUUACUCCAUCGUGGCAUUUUUUGUUUGGUGGGGUUUUUUUGUUUGGUGGUUUUUGAGCUUGGCUGGAAUAAAAUACAGCAAAAAAGACCAAAGGAUCAAACUUUUUAAUCUAUGUUGUAGGCUGUGAAGACCUUAUAUCAAGACAACAUGGUAAUGGAGCAUUACUGCUCUGACUUGAUGGCGUUUUAUGUUUGGGGGGUUUUUUUGGUAGUAGGAAGUAAAAUAACUUGCAAGUGGAGCAGGAUCAAGUCUUUCAUAUGUAGUCUGGCAGAGUCUCAGCACUGUAUCUGUUUGCUGCCUUCAAAAAAAAAAAAAUUCGGGGAGUCAAUGUUAUUUUAUAUACUGUCUGUCUUAUCCCUUGAUGUCCCUGCUAGGCUUUACUGACUGUCCUAUAAUGCUGCAUAAACCUGCAGUCAGUAUAUAGAAAAGGUAUUUGGCUUUGUCACAACCUAAUAUGUCUUUUUACCUCCUGUAGAGCCGCUUUUAUAACAAUUAUGUGGUGUCAUGCUAUGUUCCAAGUUAGCCUGUAAUAUGAUAACUUGCAACCCAGGCAUGUAGCACUAUUCCUUUGUAUGGUCUUGCCAUGUUGGACUAUCGGGUGCUUCUGUAGCUUCCAUUCUGUAGAGACAAAAAAUGUUUAAGAGAUUAAUAAAUACCCUUAAUCUUA